AUGUACAGUUUUAUGGGAGGAGGGCUGUUCUGUGCCGGAGUGGGGAAUAUACUCCUGAUCGUUUCCACAGCAACAGAUUAUUGGAUGCAGUACCGUCACUCAAACAACUUCAUGCACCAGGGCCUAUGGAGAUACUGCACGCCUGGCAAAUGCUUCACACACACGGACAGCAUCGCCUACUGGGACGCCACGCGCGCCUUCAUGAUCCUGUCGCUGCUCGCGUGCUUCUUCGGCAUCAUCAUCGGUAUCAUGGCCUUCAUCCACUACUCCACCUUCGACAGGUUUGAUAAGACCUUCGCCGCAGGCACGCUCUUCUUCAUCUCCUGCUUUUUCGUGUUCCUGGCCAUGGCCGUGUACACGGGAGUGACUAUGAACUAUUACGGCAAACGCUACGGCAGCUGGCGCUUCUCCUGGUCCUACAUCAUCGGCUGGGUGGCGGUGGUGCUCACCUUCUUUUCAGGUAUUUUCUAUAUGUGCGCCUACCGGAUGCAUGAAUGCCCCAGAAACCCGGCUCCUCACUAG